AUGGGCAACAAAGCAAUUGGAGCAUGCACAAUGCCUACACCAGGUGGUACAAAAAAGAGGAUCAUUUCUGCUUUCAGCAAGGAUGCACCCAUGUUUGUUUUUAGUGUCAGUGAGAAGGAUUACAAGCCUGACCUUGACAUUGUCUCCAAUGCAAGCUACAUUACCAAUUUCUUUGCUCAAUUGGCUAAAUUUGAUUAUGGAUGUGAUUUGAUAAUUGUAUCUAUACAGACCUACAUGUUUAAGUAUGACAGUGUUCAUGAUCAAUGGAAGCAUCAUGGGGUUAAGGUAAAAGACUCAAAGACUCUUUUCUUUGGGGAAAAGGUUACCAUUGUUUUUGGCAUCCGAAACUCUGAGGAAUUCCCAUGGGGUGAGACUAAAGCUGAGUACGUCGUAGAGUCUAUUGGUGUUUUCACUAACAAGGACAAGGCUGCUACUCACUUAAAGGGUGGUACAAAGAAGAUGAUCAUUUCUGCUCGCAAUAAAGAUGCCCCCAUGUUUGUUUUUGGUGUCAAUGAGAGGGAUUGCAAACCUGACCUUGACGUUGUCUCCAAGGCAAGCUGCACUACCAACUACCUUGCUUCAUUAGCUAAGGUAAUAAUGAUUCCUCUUUUAUUUGUUUGAAGCAUUAGGCUAAUACUUUUAUCUUCAAG